CAACAUAGACCGAUGCUCCUCCCCUGUCUGUCUCCUCCCAAAUGUAAACAUGGCCGUUGUGUCCAUAGCAACAAGGAUAGCAAAGCCUUGGAUAUAAUGCUGCUAGCUAGCUAAAUACGAAAGUUAUCACUGCUGUAUGCCAGCAGGGUUUACGUUGUGGAGUUCUUCUCCAGUAAAUUAGCGAAUUAACUCACGGUCUGCAGCUAGGCGUUCGCAAAGUUAUGCGAAUGGAAUGCUUGCUAGUUAGCUAAAGCUAGCUAGGUUGUUUGACGAAGUAAAAGUUGCUUGCUAGCAGCUAACUACAAGGCUAGCUGGCUACUAGUAACUUGUUCACGAGGAGGACAACCAGAGCUCGCCAGAACAGCAUCUGUGUUGACACGAAACGAAAGGAGGUACCCAGCAAGCUAUCCCGGCCUGAUCCAAAUGGGGAAAUCUAUCUCGAAAAAUGGACUGUAUUGUUGACUACUUCACAUUUUCAGCAGUUUAUUUUUUAGCUGUUGUUAUUGUGCUAGCCAAGGUACAAGUUAGUUAACGUUUGACAUUCUUUUCUCACUGAAAUCUUGGAAGUAUCCAUUAAUCAUCUGUUGUUAUUGGACUCAAGCUAUUAAUAAUGUUUUCUGUGAAGCCCUUGAAACCAACCUUUAAAUCCUACCUUCUGCCUGUACAGACUGAUCUGAAAAAAACUCCACAGCCACCUAUCAAGAAGUUAGAGGCCAAGUUACUUCCAGGSGAGAUUGUGGUGAACGAAGUGAGCUUUGUGAGGAAGUGCAUCGGAGCAGAUAGCAGCCAUGGUGACCUGUGGGGGAAGCUGAUAUGCACCAACUUCAAGGUUUCCUUCAUCACCCAUGAUGCCCUCCCCAAGCAGAGGUUCCAGGUUGCCAACCGUCUGCUUGGAGAGCACGAUGUUCCCCUGGCGUGUGUGGAGCAAGUGGUGACAGUGAACGAUGCUAAGGGGAAGCAGAAGGUUCUGUGUUCCAACCAGAAGCUGAAGUUUAAUCCCACCGAGCUCAUCCUUUACUGCAAAGGACUCCGAAUCAUCAGGUUCGCUUUGACGAGGCUGGGCCCCAGAGCCCAAGAAGGUUUGCGAUAUAAGCUUUCUGAACAAAAUGGACACUUUUGAUGUAUAAACACUAUAUACAUUUUACAUGGUGUUGACUCUUGAAUUGAACCUGAGGCUAAAUACCAGCCAUCUAGCAUGGUAAUCCUCCAACUCAACUCUGCCUCACCA